GUUGCAAGUGCUCGUGUAAAGGACAAGGUCCCUGUAGAGAGAGAGGCUGAGAAGGCACCAGAGCCAGAGCUUCCCUACGAAGACGUUCUCGAGAGGAUCGAAGACAAGCUGCUCGACGGCCUGUCCCCUGCUGAGCCGCGUGCAGUGUCACAUGCACCAGACGAAAAUGACCAUCUCUCUGACUACGAACCAUCCGACGACGACGGUUCAGCGCCAGUCGGCGGAGCGACAGUGCAGACUGCCCCUGAGCCUGCGCCUGGCCAUCUUGCCACUGCCCGGACAGUGCCAGACCGAAGUUUCUUGGAACGUGACCACUCACUGCGCCGCCCCUGCAGGUUUGAGGCUUUGCCCAGAAAGAACCAACUCGUCGAGUACUGCUGCGAAGACGACAGCGAGAUCGGCCUUGCAGCAGCAAACCACCGUGUAGACUGCUUGAGGAGCGAGUGGCUCAAAGACGUACAAGGCGUUAGCUCGGUACAAAAAGAAGCCGAGGGUCUCCGCAGCAACCAGACUUGGGAUGACGACUCUGUACGGCCUUUAUGGCAGCUCAGAAAAGAAUCCAAAGAAUCUGGUCAGAAAAUAAAAGUCGCGGAGCUGCUCAGAUUGUGCGGAAUCAAACACUUUGAGCUCGGGCCACAACACCACCGCUACAAAGGACGGAUCGUCUACAGGGGCGAUUACGUGACCGACGCCAGUGGGAACCAGGUUUACUUUGAAGACACCGCAACGACGCCCACCGGCUUGGUCGGUUUGGGGGUCACCCUGUGGUACGGCCUCAGACCUGGACACUCCACCUCAUGCUCCGACUGUGUGCAGGCCUACCUCCAGGCCUCCAUAGGCGAGGGCACCUGGGUGGUCAUCCCACCCGAGCUUUGGGUGCCUUCAUGGCACCAAAGGUUCCCCGCAGGGACCAAGCUCGUCGUUCAGUUGCGGAAAUCGUUAUAUGGUCAUCCAGAGUCCGGACGAAGAUGGCAGCUGUUCCUAGAGCGACACCUGCGCGAACUCUGCGGCACAGAAUGCCCAGAGUACCCGUCCAACUGGAUCUUCCGUCAGAACGGAAAGACCUUGAUACUCAAUGUCUAUGUAGACGAUCUGACCCUGAGCGGACCGACCGAACUUCACCAGCAGUUCUGGCACGAGCUGAGGUCUAGGGUAAAACUCGACCCAGAAGUCUACGUAGAAUCGGGUGAUAAGGGUUGUCGUAUCUUAGGUAGACACCACAGCUUGCUGCGUGAAACGCCGCAAGGCACGAGUCCAUCGACCUGUGAGUUUGACAUGUGCUCGUACGCAGCACAGCUCGUCGACUUCUACUGUGAGGUCGCCGGCGUCACCAAAGACAAGCUACGCAACUCUCCGUCACCUUGUUAUCCGGAGAACCAGCUCACCUGA